UUCUGCGGAAAAAUCUUUUCUAUUCUCCUGCCAGAUGGGUAAACUAUUUUUCCAUGUUAGAGUUCUUUGGAUUUAACCAAGGGAAAGCUUUGGCAAUAAAUCCAAUGAAAUGCGUAUAAUAACCGAGGUGGAUUUCUAAUAGAGCUCAAGUAAUAACUUUUAUAAAAUUAGGUUCUCUAAGUGGAUUUUGGUAAAAGAGGAUAAAAAUUUAUUAGAAAAUAGAUAGGCAUGAAAUAAUAAAGGUUAAUGUUAAUUAUUGAAGAUAGGUUUUAUUUUUACGAUAAUAAAAAUAAAGACUAUGAUAAGGAUUAAACAGCUGUGAUAGAAAUUUUACUUAUACUAUUAUUUAUUUAGUGUAUGAAAGACCAAUUUUGA